AUGAAACCGCUGGUAGCUGACAGAAUGGGCCUUCUGAAGAAACGUCUGCUGGCUGCAGUCGAAGCCAUACGCAGUUUACCUGAAGUAGAUCCGGAAAGGAUAGGAGCCAUAGGGUACUGCUUCGGAGGGCUCUGCGCUUUGGAUCUUGCUCGUCACAACUUUGGCUUGAAAGCGGCUGUUUCUUUCCAUGGCACCCUUACACCUAUUCCUGAAGCAGAGCUCGUCCCAAUGACAGCAUCCAUCCAGGUACACCACGGAGACGCCGACAGCCAUAUUCCGGCCGCUGCGGUCAAUGACUUCAUGCAAGAAAUGAGAACAAGGAAAGCCGAUUGGUCGCUUACCUCCCAUGGCAAUGCUGAGCACGGAUUCACUGAACCACGUAAGGAUAUUCGCAGGGUCUUUUUCUCCAAAAUUCGAGAAAUCGAGAAUUUCCUGGAAUAUAACGGAACAUAG